CGGUGGGCCAGGUCCGUGGUCCGGUGCUCUGUCCCGCCUGUUGCGUGUUGGUCCAACCCUUUGAACCAUCCAGGAGGAGUCACUCACAGCCGGGCCCAUACUCACACACACCAACACCGCUGUCUGACGCUGUAUUUUGGGUUUCCUUUUUUUCUUCCUUUUCUUCGUGCGGACUUUUGAGACGAUGCGCGUAACUGUGGCGGAACCGAAACUCUGAGAUGGAGAAAACCUCCGCGGAAGAUGACUGCGUGGAUUCAGGAGCCGAAACCGGAGGGUCUGAUUACAGUCCUCUGUCCUCAACCAGCAUCUGUGGAGGUGAGUUAUCCAUGGGGGAGCUCCAGGAUCCCUUCCUUGUCAGUAUCCACCUCAUCGCAGACCCUGGCCAGGGCAAGUUCCUGCAGCAUGCUGCAGACUCUGUUCUGGCGUGGGUUCACCCUGAGCUGCAGCUGUUCCGCGUCUCAGAGCGGGCCUCUGUCUCCCAGAGGCCGCGACCCAAACGCCAUCAGAACUGCGACUCAGCCGUAGCUUGCCAACCAGCCCUGGCAGUCAUCCUCUUCCUUCAGGAGGCGUACGGAGGUGAGGAGCACAUCCUGAUGCUGCACCGCGCCCUGCAGAGGCCGCCCUGGCACUACCACCACACAGAGAAAGUCAGCAACGGGAGGCGGAUGCUGCCGCUGACGCCAUGCAGUCAAGACUUCUUCACUCUGACCUCUGGCACGCCACUGUGGGCUGUGCGUCAGGUGCAUUAUGGGAAAGAGAUUGUGCGAUUUACUAUUUAUUGUCGCCAUGAAAAUUACGUGGACAUGGUGCGGCUGUACAAGCUGCUGCUUCAGCGGAGAGUUGCACAAAAGAAGGAGGACUUCUGCUUCUUUGUGGUUUACUCAAACCCAGACAUGGAGAUCCAGUUGUCUUUCAAGAGGCUUCCACGAGGCCAGACCCCGGUGGCACUAGAGUCAGCGGUGAUGGAGGUGAGGGUACGGGACGUGGGAACACUGGUGCCCCUGCUGCCUCACACCUGUAGCCCCAUCAGUGACGUCCGCUGGCAGACUGAGGACUACGAUGGAAACAAGAUCCUGCUGCAGGUCCAAUCAUCUCCCUUCAGACACCGACUGGACCCCUCUCACAUAUCACCCGUUGCCCCUGAAUCCGCCUCGGCUCCGUCCACAUUCACCCGCAGUGCUGCCUCCUACAGGAACCGCCGCCACCACUGCCAUCGGUCCAUGUCCCGUCCCAGAGUCCAGAACUCCCACAGCUCCCUCCCUCUGGCCUGUGACGAGCCUGAUGAGCUGGACCACUGGACCGAGCAGCACCUCGCAGACAGCUGGAGGAACCAGCGCCGGAGCCACCGGUCCAGUUCACUCUUCUCCCUCCCCAACCUGGGCUCAUCCUGCUCCCAGUCCCCCAGACCUUCUCCAGGUCCCCCUCACAGGAGCCAGUCCUUCAACCGGACCUCCUCCCUCAUCCCACCUUUCCGUCUGAACGUGGAUGCUCUCAUUGGAGCAGAGGAGACAGAUGUGGACACGGGGAACAAAGUCAACCCAGAUGGCGACAUGGACCUUUCAGUGGUUUCUGCGUAUCUUAAAUCAGGCCGGCCAUCGUCUGCUCCCCCAGAUGACACUACCCCCCCACAUUCUCCCAGCAUCCCCAAGGCAGCCACGCUGAGCCGAAUGUCCGCUGUCACCAGAACAAACGGCCUCUCCAACAACACCGCAACCUCACAUCCUCAAAACACCUUCAUAAACACAAGCGCUGCUCCAUCCAUGAGCAGCGUUUCAAUAAACCACUCAGACAGCUGCAGCGUCGAAGAGGAAGAUAAGUUUGAAGAAGAAGAGGAAGACCAAGAAUUCUACAUUUGAUCAGCUGCUGUGAGCCAAGAGGACUCACUCUGGACCUGACAGACUUUCUGGAUUAGAGAGUCAACAAGCUGUCCAUACACUGCCACCUAGUGUUUGGUUGUAAAGUUAGAGCAGGGGUGUUGAACUCAUUUUACUUCAGGGUCCUCAUAGAGGCCAAUGUGAUCUCAACUGGACCGGACCAGUAAAAUAAUAACAAAAUAACCUAUAGAUAAU